CGCUACACAACACAUACUUUUCAACGACAAGCCAGCUCAGACCGAAUCUGCAAUUAUAAAUUUGAAACUAUCAAGAGAAUAAUUCAUGAAAUAAUAAAAAAUAAGCAGAUAUGUGUUAUCCUGACACUUUGCAUAGCCAUUGCAUUAUAGAGGGGGAAUGACAAACAGGGCGCUCUUUAUAAGUAGUGCGCAACGUACAUAAUGGACAUCUGCGAAACCAAUCAGCUGUAGGUUUUUAGAAUUCGUAACUUUAUAGAUUUCAUCCUUCAUCUUAACCAAAGCAUUUCCAACUACUGGUUGAUUAUCUUCGUUGUUGUCUACAUUUGUGUGCCUUCAUAUACAAUGGAUGAAGAUGUAUGUUCCAGUAAAAGCGAAGUAGAUAUGACGUGUAGUGCAGAGUCUGAUGCGGAACCGUUUAUUGAUAAUGAUGCACUUAUGACCACUGGAGCAGUUGAUCGUAUACUGAAAGAAUCCGAAUCACUGAAAUCAACUCAACUUAAAGUUGUUGAAAAUGUUGCGCAAUCAUCAGAAAGUCUACUUAGUGAGGAUAGCAGCAAUACAAAAUCUUCAACUAAGCAGGCUACUUGUUCAACUCCGGAAGAUCCUUGCUGGACAAAUGACUUGCUGCACGUUUUUGUUCUUAGCGAGGCUGGAAAACCCAUAUAUUCACGGUAUGGAAAUGAAAGUGAUCUGUCCUCCGUAAUGAGCGUCAUGCAAGCUCUUGUUUCCUUCGUUGCGAAUUCUGGAGAUGAGCUUCAGUUAAUCAAUACAACUGACAAAAAGUUCUUGUUCGUUUCUCGGUCGCAUCUUAUAUUAGUGGCAUUUAGUCCAGUUUCUGAACCCACUCCACAUCUGCUAACCUGCCUCGAAUAUGUAUAUAACCAGAUAAUAAGCUCAUUAACUUUGCAAAGAGUGGAGAAACAAUUUACAAGGCAUGCUAAUUUGGAUUUACGCAAACUCCUUGUUGGGGAUAAUCGACUUUUAUCCUCUAUCAUAAAUCGCGUAGAAGAGACUUUUGGGGUAUUUUUGAAUGCAAUCAGCUGUACACCACUUCCAGAAAAUAGCAGAGCUGCAAUAUCACAGAUUAUUUGUCAAAAUGCCAAAUUACGUGGUUUGGUGUUCGGUAUAUUAUUUCACAAAGACGAUAUUGUUAGCAUUGUACGCAUGAAGAACCAACAACUUUCCCCAUCAGAUAUUCAUUUACUUCUAAAUCUAAUUGGAAGUUCACAGUCUUUCAAAUCGGCACGGUCUCAUUGGUUACCGAUCUGUCUGCCUAAAUUCGAUGCUAACGGGUUUCUAUAUGCCAGUGUUACCUAUCUUAAUGAUACAACAUGUAUGGUCUUACUUACUGUUGAUAGUGAAAAAUUUUAUCCACUCAAGUCAAUUACCGAAAAAGUAUUCACACUAUUAAAUACUACAAAUAAUGGCGACCACUUAUCUGCGAUUAUGUCUUCAAAAUUUCCACAAAUUUCUGAUACUGGCAUUAAGAAUUUACGGCAUUUUGUAUAUAAAUCGAUUCCAGUCGGCCAAUAUAUUGCCAGUGAAUGGACUGUGCCAUAUGCUAUCGCUUAUGAAUUAUCUAAAGAAUCUCCAGUUGGAAUGGAUCCCGAGAGAAAAACUAAACUUCUUAAUGAUAAUAUUGUAAAUAAAUUACGUCAUAAUGUUUUGUUAUCGUAUAAACGCCUUCAUAUGAGACUACAUUCCUCUGCAAUACCAACAAGAUUCAUUUACAGAGUGACAAGUACCGAAUUAUUUUUUGGCUGGAAAACGGUUCAUUUCGAAUUAUAUGCCACAUUAGAACCAAUGAUUACAAUAACAGAAUUAGGUGAAAUUCGUAAACAAUUAUUAAAAUGGAUUGAAUCAAAGAAAACACAAUUUUUUAUUUUAUCAUGUCCAACAUUUUCAUAAUUUUUUAUUUAUUUAUCCUAUCAAUACUACUUAUUCAUUUUUUACAAUCAAAAAUGUAUCAUGAUCUAGUUCAUUUAAUUAUAAAAUAAUGUUAUAUAUUAAAUAUUUAUUUGAAACUAAUUUGAAAAGAUUACAUCAUCUGAAAGCACUUAGAAGCUCUACAACAUUAAUUCUAAGUUGAUAAGUUAAAUUGAAAUAUUACACUGAGUAAUUAGAUUGUUUAGCUUAAUAUCGAUUGACAAAUCAUUAAGUUUAUUUUUUGAUUGAGAUCAUGAACUGAUUGGUGUUAGACCACCAUUGAAAACUCGGAAGCACUGAACGACCGUUUUGUCCUAUUGUGGGACUCCUCAGCAGUGCGCAUCCACGAUCCCGCUUGUGGGAUUCCAACCCAGGGCCUUCAGUCUCGCGCGCGAACGCUUAACCUAUUGGACCACUGAGCCGGCAUCCAAUGGUGUUAAUGUCUAACCUCAACCAAUCCACUAAACGGCCGUCCAGUGCUUCUAGGUUCUCAAUGGUGGUCUAACAUUAAUCGGUUCAUGAUCUCAAUCAAAAAAAAAACUUAACAAUCUCCACAACCCCUUAACUGAUAUUAAGUUUAUAUUAAGACUUAUCAGUAAACUUUAUAAUGAUCUUAGGAUUAAAAUAUUUUCAAGUUAAUUUUAAUGUUUUUCACAAUCUCUUUAAUGAAACUUGUAAUAAGAUAUUUAGAUUUCAUUCAAUUUCAAAUACGACAUUUCAGCUCUAAAAAGCUAGAAACAUUAAUCCACACAUUAACUUACUGAUUACUAAAAACCUAAGUUUUAUCUUUGUUUUAUUCUAUUUAAACACUAAUUUAAUAGUGAAUGUUUACUGAAUAUUAAUGGUGUCGUUAAAACUUCCUAAUAAUACUUAACAAUUAUUCUUUUCUUAUCUCGAGUAGAAAUUAAUAUCUAUAGUCAUAUGCUUUAUAUUAUCAUAACAACAACAGUUUAUUUACCUAGUACAUAUUUUUGUAAUCUAAUAAAUAUAGUACUGAAUUGAUGCAAAAGAUUUAAUCAUCAUAGUUUCACAAUUUACGAAAACAAUUAAAUAUUAUGAUACAGUAUACAAGUGUGGACUGAGAUUAAGGGUUCUGUCAGAAAAAGAACAUGUUCUAUCAUAAUUAUCACAAAACUUAACAGUACACCAGAAAUUUACGUAAAGUUUCAUCAUAACACUGAACUCUAGAAACUCAGACCAUAGGGUAGGCUUAAAAUUAAUCAGAAACAUUCAAAAGAUGGUUCGUAACAGAUUUCCUUUAAAUCCAAUAAUAAUAUUAAAAAUGUGAUGCACUAGCUAACGUGCAUUACAUCGCCCUGAUUCUUUUUAGUACCAACGAGUUAAUCAACAUCUAUGGAAAUUUAUGCGUUGAUAUUUGUGUGCCAGCCUAUAUACUCAACAUACUUCAUAGGUAUAUAACCUAUCCACACAUGUUAUUGUGUCUCAUCUUAGAGAUAUAUUUUCUGCUUACUAUAUUUAAUUUUCUGCAUUAAUGUUUUGUUACUUGCUACCUCCCUUAAAACCUUCCAUUUAGUAAAUCAACUUUCACUAUUAAAAAAUUAUAUCUUUUUGUAUUACUUCGAAUAAUAAAUAAUAUCACUUCUAAACUUACAAGAUGUACAUCUGAUCAAUAUGUCUUACAUAAAAUUCAAAGUUUUUACUGUCAAUCCCAUAAAGUGAAUAGAAACACAAUCGAUUUCUUAUCAAACUCAUAAGAUGUUUAACAUGAAUGUAGUACAUAGACAAAUCUUGAAGUUCAUUUUGUUGCAACACGAUUAUUAAGGUUGUCUGGAAUUAGAAUGCUAUGAUUGUCUGUUUAUUACUGUUUUUAAGGAUUAGUUUGUGAAUUACAAAAACAGGAUGAACAUUAUGCUUCAUAUUAUAUUAUCUUCACUGUUUUAAAGAUUGUAGUCCUAGCUUCGGAAAAGUUACAUAAUAAUAAUGCCAACUGUUACAGAUACAUCAGUACCAAAAUAUCACAAACAUCAAUACUCAUAAUACCAUCAAAAAGUUACAUUUACUAGUGAUAGUUAGCUCAUAUUCUCGGUAAAUUAACAAUUUAUUCUGAUCGAUUAAAUUCUCUCAAUAAUGACUUAUUACUAGUGGAGAAUGUUUCUAAGCUGUAUUAGAAAAAUAGCAAGUUCUCACUUAUACCAUUUAAUAUGUUUACACUUUCGAUCGAUAUAUCUUUAAAUAGUACUGUGAUUUUGUAAGUAACUAAAAAUGAUAAGCGUGUAGAAGACUGGGAUAGUACUAUGUGAUUGUCACGUUGUUUUGGGAAUCGACUGUUGUUGCCAAUCAAUCCCGACUUGCUAGCUCAAUAGCAACUUACAACUCAUGAUUUCUGAUUGUUUGUCCUCAUAAUUCGUUUAUAUUUUUGCUUAAUAAUAUCCCUGCGCUGUAAUUUUAUCCUUACGUAGUCAACUUAUAGGGCUUUUGGUGAAUGGACGCCUCAUUACUAGUAUUUGUUAAUUCUUCGCCUUCUACAGCUUUUUAUAAAAGUUCCGUAAUUUCAGAAACAUUAUGGCUUUCAAUUUCGCAAUUUUACACGUAGAUAUAUCCUUAGGUAAGAAUUCACAAACAGAAUAUGUAACCAGAAGCAUUUACAAGAAAAGUAUUCCUUUUGAUCUUAUUUAUUCACUUGGUUUCAACAAUAGUUAGUAAAUUCAAAAGGCAUGUCCCCAAAUACUAAAAUUUUGCAUCAUAUACCACUGAGUAUAUGACCUUACUUACUUUUGGUAAAAACACGCUGGGGUGUAAUCUGGAUACGAAAUUAAUUAAAGAUAACUGAGUUCCUAUCUAGUUGACGGUAGAAGUAAUUAAACUUCAAUAGUUUAAUUUCUAUUGAAGCAAACAACCAUCUCUUACAAAGAACUAACAGUCAAGUGGCCGUUUAGCUGAUUGAAAAUGGGCUUAAGUAGCAAUAUACACAGGUUAUAAAAGUUGAAUACUUGGAUUUUUCUGGAGUCUUAGACGUGUAAAAACUUACAUCGCCUCAUAAUGCUCAGAAACAGCUUAUACUCUGAUGCUAGGUGGUUGUUGAUAGUCAAUAGGAGGCACUAGACACGAGUCUUGAGAUAGCUUGCACCUGUUACAAAAGCGCAUCGUAAAUCGUAUUACUUUAUGUGAUGUUCGAACAUGCGUUACCCAGUUUCAGAGUCUGAGAAUUUACCACUGAGCUAUUUGAGUGGCAACUAAUCUCCUUUAAGGUAUUCAUUUAUAUUAAUUGAUCACCACGCACUAAAGCGCAGUCAUGUUUGUCUUUUCCCCGGUUCUGAUCGAAGUCAAUCGAUUAAGUUGUGAUUGCGUUUGCCAAACAUAGGUUUAUGCAAGUCACAAGACAUCAGAAAUUCGAUUUUUUCUGAGUUGAGAUAUAAACUGUGUCUAUUCUUUGUCAACUUCAUUGUAGCUGUGAGUUUAACACUGCGUUUUCUUCUAGAACAUUGUUUCAUGGCCUAUUUUGCGAAUACAGUACCUCAAGCGACGACCGUUAGCUUCACUAAUACAAAGCAUAUAUAGAUGGCACUUUCAUGACUUGCAAUGUUAAUAGUGCCCUCAAUAUCAUCCUGAAUUAGUUCAUUAGUCGUCCUAAAUCAAUUAAAUUUAGAUUGGAAUCAAGGCUGAAUUCAGAAUUUUACUUUCUGAAAAAAAACUAGAUGGUACAGUACAAAGAUAGAUAUAUCGAAAACCAACUUGAAAUGAACAAUAUACAAAUUCUCAGAACUUGGUGCCAUUAAACAAGGAAAGGAACCUUAUUCAAUUCUUAUUAUCAAAGGGUAGGCGAAUAUGUUCUGAAGAUACGAUAAAUCAGGAACUAUCCAAGUCAGUCAGUCAGCUACAUCGUAGGACCAGGCACAUAUGUGCAUCGGUCCAGGUUGCCAUACCGCAUCAGCACAAGAUGAACACCGGAUUCAUAGCAGUGGUUAGGUCAAAGGUAGUAAUAUAUAAGAGAAAGAUUGCAUAUAGAGAUAUAGUACAAGAAGAAAGAAUUGGUUCGUAGAAAGAAAGAUAUGAAGCGAUUUUAAUCUCUUAGUUUAAGGGAAGACAGGGAGUGUAUACACCGACGCCAAGCUUUAACAAAUAUUCAUAAAAGUCGCCAUCCAUUGACAUUUGUUGAGGGAAACAUGUGAAGGUAAACUAAAAUCUAAGACCUCCUAUAGUUCCUGAGAGAACCCUAUUCAUGAACAUUUAGUUCAAGGGAGAUACUACUAUAGAGCUUUGGAAAAACCGUCCAACGAAAUCUUUGAGAAAAACUUGUAUUCUGGUAAGCUUCGCAUUGUUUUUUCCACCUAUCAUAUCAUUCGUGGAUAUGUAAAAAGUAAAAUACCUUAUUGGCCACAAUAAUAUGUAUUUAUAAGUUUACUUGCUCCUUUGGAGGCGGCUGCACUGAGCUAACAAAACAAACGCUUUCUAAACAAAUCUCCAAACAUUAUCUUGUAUGGCUUUCGAAAGACGAGUGUGAAACCAUCAAUCGUUCAAUAACGGAAUAUCAUGCGAACUUUGGUCACAUGGCUCUAUCCGACAAGUCUUUCGAAAUCAUCUAUAGAGUUAAACGUAUUGGCCCGAAAAGAAGGCAAAUUAAUAACUUGUACACUUUAGAGACAUUAGCAAUUCAUCCAAGCUGAACUCUGUAUGUAAAGGAGAUACGUGCAAGAUUUCAUUCUUACAUUACCCUAGCAGCUAAUUUUCAUUCUUCAAAUGUUCUAAUCUUCUUAGUUUUAAUCAUUUGUUAUAUUCUCCAAAUUUUUAACUCAGUAUUCACCCUUCUCCACGAAUACUUUCGUAAAUCAUUUAAUUCUAUUUAUUAUUAUUUCCCAUACUCUUGGUUCGUUUAUUUUCCUUCACCCCCUCCCACCUAUUUUUUCCCCAAAUAUACGCUUCAUUGUCCAAUUAUCUGAACACUUCUUAUUAAGUAAUCUCAUUGUUUUCGUGAAUGGUAUUUCAGCAUCUAUAUUUUUAAAAUCAGUGACCUAAUUCCCAUUAUGAAACAUGGAUACAAGUCUCUAUUAUUCUUGUCAAAACUAGUACACUUAUAAUCAUACUACUGAUUUGUACUCUUUACUUAUUAUGUUUGUUUAUGUAAUCUAUUCCACUGUUAUCACUGAGUCAUAAACUGCCUUGAUUGGUUUGAUAAUUUCCUAUAUGCUUAUAAAUAUUACUGUAUAGUAGAUUAAAGCCUGAUGAGGAUCUAAUCGAGAAGUGGACAAUUAUCUCUCACAGAUUUGAUUUCAUGGUAUUAUUCUUCCCCAAAUCUUUGAUCAUUGAACACUUUUCUUUGAUAUGAUGUGGUAACCCUUCUGUUUUUCAAUAGAUUAUUUUGUUUUUCACUUAAAUUAAAAAUAAUAUUGUACAGCUUUAGUAAAUGAUGUUGUCGAAGAGAAAAUUUUCAUCGCUUCAUUGUCUCUAAUCCUUCUUCAAUGACACCACGGGUCACUUUCUUUAUUAGUCAUGUUUAUUUUAACUUUGGAAUAAAGAGUCGCGUGGUUAAUAUUAACUUUCUAUUAAUAUUUUUACUGUGAUUGUUUUAUCUAUCUAUAUCAUAUUCGACAAGUUUGUUCGCAAUAUGGUAUGUUAAAGAAAUUGUAAAUAAAUUUCAUCAAAAAAGUUUGUUUACUUAAAAUAAUAUAGUAGUUUCUCUAGAUAUUACUAAUCAUUAUUAUGCUUAAACUCUACUCUCCGAUUU